AUGAUCAGGUCAACGCAAAUAGCACGGCUUGACGGCCUGUACCUAUGCGCUUCUGUAGACGAUGAGGCAACCGAGUCGUCCCUGUCCGAGAUCAAGUCACAAAUAAAGCUGAUCCUCCGCCGGCUCAACCGCAACUCCGAGUCCCAGGCGUCGAUCGAGUCGGGCGACCACACGAUCAACUACCUGAUCGCGGACGACAUCGUCUACUUCUGCAUAACGGAGCGGUCGUACCCGCGCAAGCUGGCCUUCACCUACCUGUCGGACCUGGCGACCGAGUUCUCGACGACGUACCCGGCGACGCAGCUGCUGAGCCCCACCCUGCGGCCCUACGCCUUCAUGGAGUUCGACAGCUUCAUCAACAAGACAAAGGGCACCUACAGCGACGCCCGCGCCACGCAGAACCUCGACAAGCUCAACGACGAGCUGCGCGACGUGACCAAGGUCAUGCACAAGAACAUCGAGGACCUGCUCUACCGCGGCGACAGCCUGGAGCGCAUGGGCGAGAUCAGCUCGCGCCUGCGCGACGACAGCAAGAAGUACCGCAGGGCCGCGGUCAAGAUCAACUGGGACCUGCUGCUCAAGCAGUACGGCCCCAUCGGCGGCCUCGCCUUUAUCAUAAUCGUGUUCCUGUGGUGGAGGUUCUUCUGA